CAUAGUUUAAGGUGCACGUGUACACGGUUUAAAUGUCAUGCAAUUGAUCCAAAGAGCCGCUGAAGUUUUUUCUGCACACCACCGAAGAAAAAAUAUUUCGAUAGGUACAGAAAAUAACACGCUUUCUGAUCGGGAUGCAACUGACCUGCCGGAAUUAAAGAGUAUGUCAAGCCCUUUUGACAUAUAUUCUCUUGGAAGUUAAUUGUAAUCAUUAAAGCUGAAAUACGUACGUAUUUUGUAUUAAAACAUCGCCAUUCUAUUAAUCUGCAUCGUGGAUGAAUUCCUUCCAUAUCAGAGAGUACCAGACUUGCGUCUGAAUAACAUCUGUAUAAGGUGUACUGCUACUAAGUAGUCGGCUCGCGCAGUGGCGGGAGAAAUGUUACUGCGCACAGGAAGUGUGACGUUUGCCGUAUCGAACAAUGACUGAAGUUGGAAAAAACCAAACAAGCAAGUGUCUAUUCUGGCAGCGAGACAAUUCUAUUACAAUGCAAAAUCAGAAUUUAACGGUACAGAAGAAAAUACGGUUUAGAUCAGAAGAAAGCAAAUCUGCAAAAAGAGAGGCAGACAGACGUCGUUCCAAAACACGAGUGAACAUCGGUGCAGCUGCCUAUCCAGGAUGGAUGAAACUCAAAGAGCAGAAUGGAUUAAACUGUGACAUCGAUGUCGCAAUUCUUCUGCUAGACAAGUAUGCUGCUUCUACUCAACAACCAGUUGGUCCCCCUUCCUCUGAUGAUAUUGUUGUGAACAUUAACUGCCUGCUACAGCUGUUUCAGCGGUGUGAGGAGUGCAGACAAAAGAGUGUGAUCAAGACUGAAGGGGAUAGGACUUGCCUUUCUGUGACCCAACACUGUCAUACCUGCAACCACCUCAGGACAUGGACAAGUAACUCUUCUGCUGCCUGGACAACAGACAGUGAAUAUGGGGAGAAGCCACAGAACAGCUGGGUGGCUGAGGUGCAAGUUGCCCUGCCACCUGAUGACCCAGAUGACUCCCUGCCUCCUGAGGACCCAGAAGCCUCCCUGCCACCUGAGGACCCAGAAGCCACCCUGCCACCUGAGGACCCAGAAGCCACCCUGCCACCUGAGGACCCAGAAGCCACCCUGCCACCUGAGGACCCAGAAGCCACCCUGCCACCUGAGGAACCAGAAGCCUCCCUGCCACCUGAGGACCCAGAAGCCUCCCUGCCACCUGAGGACCCAGAAGCCUCCCUGCCACCUGAGGACCCAGAAGCCUCCCUGCCACCUGAGGACCCAGAAGCCACCCUGCCACCUGAGGACCCAGAAGCCACCCUGCCACCUGAGGACCCAGAUGAAGCCAUGCCACCUCAAAACACAGGUAAUGCUCUGGAGUGGACUGGCUCACUUGAGAUGGAAGUGACUGUAGACCAGCCACCAAGACCAGGGGGAAGUGGCCCGUCUUUGGUGAGGAGGAAGGAGGGAAGCAAAGGAGCAGAGACAAGAAGGAGAAUGACAAAGGUGGUGUUUGACAGUGAGACUGUCAGCACACAAAGCCAAGAGGAGAAUGGCCUGUCCUCAUGGGAGAGGUCAUUAAGAGGUGAACAACAGGAGAAUAUACAUAUGCAGCUGGGGUGUGAAGAGGUGCCAAUAGACUCUGUAGUACCUGAGGACUCUGGAACCCAAACAUCUCAGGUAGACACAGAAAGAGAGAAAAAGCAUGUAGCUGCUGAUGGGUGUGAGAGGGAGGGUGGUGUCUGUGAGAUGGAGGGUGAGGAGAAAGGGGAGAUGGACGGUCGGGAGAAUGGGGCGACGGAGGAGGAAGAUGAAGAAAUUGAUUCCGAAUUUGAUCUAGAGGAGUCCGAAGAGGGAUUGACAGAAAGCGACUCUGACUUUGAUCUUGAGGACGAGGCUGAAGAGGGAUUGACAGAAAGUGACUCUGACUUCGACCCAGAGGAGGGGAAAUCUAAAAAGGGAAGUGGAACACCAUUGCAGAAGUCUACUGACGGACCAAUGCAAGAUUCUAGACGACAUUUUGUGCUCUGUCCUAAAUGUGGCAUCCUGUACUCCACCAGGCUUCAGUACCGUAAGUGUGAUCACAAGUUUAUGAUCACCUGUCCAGACUGUGGGAAGCACUGUGCAAAUGAGAUUGGCCUCAAGAGUCACCAGAAGAGGCAACAUAGUCACGACAAAAUAUUCCCCUGUAAGUUCUGCCUCCAACCCUUCAAGACACGCCCAGAAAAGUUGACCCAUCAAAAAAGCCACAGAUUCACAGAUUACAGAUGCUACAGCUGCUCAGAUUGCCCACUGAGGUUUGACAAUGUAUUUGUACGGAACCGCCAUGUCAGAGAGCACAGAAAACACAUCUGUCAAAUAUGUGACAAGGAAUUCCAAAAAGGUCAUAUACUUAAUAGGCACAAUCUUUCCCACAGUGAUGACAAGCCCUUCAAGUGUCAGGUGUGCCAACGUGCCUUUGCCCAAGCCAGCCAGCUGAAGUCCCACCUGCGUGUUCAUACUGGGGAGCGACCCUUCCAAUGCCAGCGCUGUGACAAGAGCUUCAACCACAACGUCAGCCUCAAGAACCACGUCAGACGCUACCACAGCCCAGACUCAGGGCCAGGCCCUGAUGGGGGCGCAGGAGGUGGGGGACAGGGGGAGGGAGAGGGUGUGGGAAAGAAGAUGCCUCGGCAGCAGCUGACCUUUUGGACUGAGUGGGAGAUGUGGGCUGGAGGAGAAGGAGCCAAGAGAGUGGAGGCGCAGCCGAGGAAGAGGAAGCACCAGUGCAUUGAUGAUGCCAAUGAUGAAGAAGCAAAUGAGAAGCAACAAAAAAGUGGUUCUGACCAAGAGGAGAAGAUGGAUUUAAGGUCAGGGAGAAGUAAAGGGAGGGGUGGAAGGAGAGUAAGGGGGAGAGGUAAAAGAAUAGGGGUUGGAAGAGGAAGAGUUAAAGAAAGAGGAGGGAGUCACUAGCAGAGAGCAACAGAAGAGACUGGGAUAGGCACUGCUAUUUGAGAGAUCGGUGGACUGAAAGAUCAAGUUUGUAUUCAUUAACGCACACUGUAGCAAGACUGUUUGCUACAGACAAUGAGAACAACCGUAUCUGAUAGGUCAAUUUGAGGUAGUGCCUCCCGCUUUUGAACAUUGGCUCCUGAUUUUUGUCAAGUUUUGUCAAUCUUUUAAUGUUUCCCAGAAUUUGAUCAAAACUAGUGUUGUAAGAAAAGGCUGUUCAAUGGAAAUACUUGCCAGACAACGAAAAAUCUGUAUCUUGGAAACCUUUUCGUGCAGUUUUGUGUGUAUAAAUAUAUAAUAAUAAAUAUAGUUUUUUUACUAAUAUACAAAGUAAUUUUUCAACCCAUUGGUCAAUAAAUAUGGAA